AACAGUUCUCGCAGUGUACAUCGGAACAUACCCUUUAUUCCCCCCUUGUACGGACUCAAAAAGCUGAUUUAAUACUCCGUGGAGCAGACCAAAUAUUUGUGUACCAUUGUGAAUUACAGUCUUUUUUGACAAAUUAAUUUUUCUUAGAAAGUAAGAGUAAUAUGAUUUCUCAAGAGUUUCCGUCGAGUCAAAACGUUGUCAUUGACUGGAAUUAUGUAUUAUUUGGCCAUCUUUGUGUAGUGAAGCAGAAGUACUGAACAGCUAAUCGUUCAUUAUGGAUAUUACUUGGCUGUGUGCAAAGGAUUUCCCAUUAUCUGAGGCUCUUUUGGUUGAUAUUGAGAGCAACAGCCCACUUGAAAUCAAGGUUCACUUAACACUGAUCUGUAGAAAAUUGUGGGCUUCUAUGAAUUUCACCAAGUAAAUAUAAUGGAUAUUUACCCGCAAUUCCAAUGCUUCUUCAGGAUUAUCCUAACAUACAAGUGGUUACAAGAUGCGAUAGUAACCGUGGAAGCUUGCCUCGAUCGCACUUGGGAAUCGCUAAACUCUGGUUGCUGGAAGGAAGUAUCGAUCCAUUACAAAUAUUGUUACACGUUUUGUACCAUUAUAAAGUCGGUGUUAUUGCUAACGCAACACAAGUGUAAGGAUGUGCCGACAAAGUCAAGAAUUGCACAGCUGAAAACAUUUGAAGACACCAUACUGCAAAUUGAUAAAGGUAUACUACUAGGAUCUCCGCCUUUAUCUGAUCCAGAGUUACUCACCACUGUUGCUUGCAAAUUGACCUCACUUAUCCAUGAACUAAAGGGGAAAAAGUGUUUAAAGGUUGAAAAUCUGAUGACAUUUGACUGCCGUGCUCUUCAAAGGACUGAGCUUCCAGGGCUUUCUCUAGUUCUUCAUUACCAUCAGCCGUCCAUGGAGGCAUUUUAUAAGGAUAUUUUUCAUCCGAAAAUACCUGCUGUUUUGAAAGGGUGCAUGGAACAUUGGAAAGCCCUGGAACUUUGGAGAAAUCCUGAAUAUUUACUAAAAAUUGCCGGAGUAAGAACUGUACCAAUUGAAAUCGGUUCUCAUUACACUGCAGAAGAUUGGACUCAGCGUCUGCUCACUUUCUCAGAAUUUAUUGUAUCAUAUAUGACAUCCGAUACACCGCCAAAGCUAGGAUAUCUAGCGCAGCACGAAUUAUUCAAUCAAGUUUGUAGAAUAUACACGUUUAUCUAAUUAUUUAUUCAACAAUGUCACAACUGUCAAGUCCUAUUGGAACAAUAUACAUACAUAUUUCUUACUUGAUGGAUUAAACGUACAGACUGAUUAAAUAUUGUGAUUGAUGUAAUAUAUCAUUUGUUUCUGAUAUUAUUC